GAUGUAGUAUUCAUACUUGGCAUACUAUUCCCUCUUUAGCUUGUGUCGGUUUGGCACAAACUUCAGCCUGCUUCAAGGUUUCUUUAUUACAAAAACACCAUUAAAGUAGUUUUUUAAAAAAUUGAUUUGGCAGUUUUAUUAACUGUUGGCUAUGGAAGGGGAAGAAAAUAUUUGUGUUGUCUGCAGCGAUGAGAUAACCAUUUUUGCUGUAGGUGUCUGCGAUCAUCCCAUCUGCUACAAGUGCUCCACACGACUGAGAGUCUUAUGUAUGGAGAAUUACUGCCCCACAUGUCGUUCAAAUCUUCCUGAAGUCGCUUUUAUACAAAAAUUGGCAAAGUUUGAAGAUAUACCAAACAAAAACAAGAUGUUGGUCAAUUCACAGUUCAACCUACUUUUUGAAAAUUCUGAGAUAGAGAAACGGUUCAACCAGCUAAUUGAGCAUCGAUGUCCGUCUUGCCUGCCUAAUAAACAAACGGAAUAUAAGUUUAGCAUGCUUCGUUCACAUCUUAGAAACGUACACAAACUUUAUUAUUGUGAUCUGUGUGUGCAACAUUUAAAAAUCUUUACGUCAGAAAGAAAGCUUUACACUCAAGCUGAACUUGCUCAUCAUCGUAGUGUAGGGGAUCCCGAUGAUUCUUCCUAUCGAGGUCAUCCACUAUGUCAGUUUUGUCAAAAGCGUUACAUGGAUAUUGAUGAUCUCUAUCGGCAUUUGCGUAAAGAUCACUUGUUCUGCCAUUUUUGUGAUGCAGACAACAUCUCUAAUCAAUACUACGAUGAAUACAGCGUGUUAAAGGAACAUUUUCGAAAGGAACAUUAUUUAUGUGAAGAGCCCGAGUGUGCCAAUGCACAAUUCACUCAUGCAUUUCGCACUGAUAUUGACCUUAAAAAACAUAUCACUCAGGAACAUGGGCAAAAUCUUACCAAGGCCCAAGCACGACAGGCACGCACUAUUGAUUUAGAUUUCCAACUGCCUCCACGCAUCAGAGCUAGAGAUAUUGGUGGUCGUCCAGACUACAGAAAUGAAGCAAGUUCUCGUGGAAGAUAUUCUAAAGCUCAAAAAGGAAGGGCAUAUUUUGAUGGAAGAGAUGCUGAUUUACAGAAAGCUAUAGCAGCUUCUAUAGAAGAUGAGGUCCAACAUCAGCAAGCAUUAAUGAAAUCAGAAGGGGAAAAGACUGUCAGAAAGGAAAAGUCUGAAAACAACUCUACUAAGCCUUUACCAAAAUUAAGCUUGAAUGAAGAUUUUCCAAGCCUUCCGUCUGCUACUGGAGUUAAUAAUGAUCAAAGCACAUUCCAAACCCGUUGGGCUACUCGAUCAAAUCCACAUAACUUAGCUAACAAUAUGGUUGAAGAAUUUCCAUCAUUAACAUUGAACUCUUCAUCAACUGUUAAUGCUGAGGUGAAACCAAGUCUUAAAACUUACAUUAGUAAGAAGAAAGAGACAAACUCUCAUAAACAGAAACAACCAGUUUUAUUUGAAGAAGACUUCCCUCAGUUAGCAACCUCAAAUAAGAAAAAUAAUUCUGCCAAUCAUGCCUCUGGUACACAACCAAAUGUAUGGACCAAAAAUACAAAGCAGCAACCCAAAAAGCAAAAGCAAACAACAUUCAAUUAUAGAGUACCUAUGAAUAUUGAUUCAACCGAUAUAAGUCAAUUAUCACACACAAUGCCAGUGUCUGUCAACACUAAGCAGCAGACCAAUGUGAAACAACCAAGUGCCAAAGACCAAAGCAACAAUAAGCAAGCGUCUAGUGCUAAACAGUUUGCCGGUGUUAAGCAACAAACUAAUAAUUCUAAGCAACAGGCCAGUAAUAAACAAGCCAGUAAUAAGCAACAGAGUAAUAAUAAACAAACCAGUGCUAAAGCAAAUGAUAUGUCACCUGUUGUAACAUUGAAAGAUGUUAGCAAAUUAUUAGAUAGUGAAGAAAACUUCCCAAGCUUAACAAAUAAGAAGAAAAGUCAAGAAAACAAUGUUCCUGUUGCUACUUGGCCUAUUAAAAAACCUACUGUAAAAAACUCAGAAGAAAAAAAAUCAAAUUCUUUUACUGGGAGCCUUGUGUUGAAAAGUAAAAAGAAUAAAGAAAAAAAUUCUUCUACAGAAAAGGUGUCAUGUGAUUCAUCAACUAAAGAUGUAAAGAAACCUGUACCUGCUGCUGAUUCUUCUGAAAGUAGUGCUGCUGCCUCCGACCCUGAUAGCUCAAGAGGGAAUAGUAAAAGUUGUGUGGAUUGUGUGAUACAGUUAAAUGGUAAAGCAGAGUUGGAUGAAGGUAGGGCUGAUAAAAUAGGUAAAAACUGGGAAGAGUCAGAUGUAAAAGCUGACACAAAGCGAAACACAAGUAAUAAACAGCUUGAUGCUAGACCCAAAGAAUUUACUGUUCAAAAUAUACUGUCUGAAGAAGAUUUUCCUGCUCUUUGCAAAAAUGACAAACUUGCACAGGGAUCAAGUUCAAAAACUUCUGUGAAACCACCUCCUGGUUUUGCAGGUUUCCCUAACAACAAAGACAGUAGUUCAGCCUAUAAAUCUUUACUGCCCCGACCUCCACCAGGCCUUUCAUUGUCAAAUUCUGCAAUUACUAACUUUCAACAAGCACUAACUGGUCAACAUCCAAUAAAUGCAACCCUUAAAUUUAAUUACUGUCCCCCUUCAAAUUUUGUGGGACGUAACCGACAAUUGAUCACUGAGAUUCGCACUGCUCUUUCCAAUGAUGAAAAUCGUUUUGACACUUUUAAAUCAUUAUCUCAAGAUUUCCGUCAUGGUGUAAUCUCAUCCCAAGAAUACUAUCGACAGUGUUUUGAUUUACUUGGGUCUGAAAACUUCCCUAAUAUUGUUCAAGAACUUAUUGCUCUUUUGCCAGAUAUUGCUAAGCAACAGGCUUUAUUUGGGGUUCAUCAAGACAACUCCGCCACACAUAUUAACACUGCUUCAAAGCAUGUUUGGACUUCAAAGGAGAACCUUCUCCAGAGUUGCCACGUCUGCCAACAAGUACUUUCUCAAUCUGACUAUAAGGCACACAUUUCUCUCUACCAUCAAAAUAGUGACUUCACAUGGGAUUCUAGAGAGCCAUCUUCAUGGUCAUGUGGUAAUUUUCAGAAUACUAGUUUGGUUAAGGCAAAAUAAUAUUGUUUUACUUUUAGACCUUCAAAAUGAUAUAGUGAAAUUUUGUCCAUGAUCAUCUGUGAUACAAGACAUUACUCAGGAUGUUGUUGGGAGUGUAUAAUUUUGUUUUUUUAAUGUUCUUUUCCCUUGUUUUCAUUGUUUGGUAUCAUCCAACAGGAAAACCAAGUCAGCUAUUUUGACUUUUUUUUUCAUAUUUAUUUCUCUAGCUAUUUACUUUCCAGGUGUGAGCUUAUUUCUGUCAGGUAGAAAUGAGUUCCUGUCUGAAGAUAUUUUGUUUAUACAUUCUAUAAUUUACAUAAAAUUAUUUGAAAAUAACUCAACAAAUCCAAAUAUAUUUCCACUGCAGACCAGCUUUAAAUUGUUUUUGUUGUUGAGGAUGUCAACAUCUCACUUGAAUUGAGAUAUCCAACGCAAUUAAAUAUCUGCAGCUAUAUAUUUGACUCUUUCUUGAAAUUAGGUGAAAAUUUGAGAUAUAUCUUCACAUUUCUUAUAAACUGAUAUGAAGGAAACUAAUUUUAUACUAUUCAAAAUCUAUUGAGGUCAACAACUCUUUACUCUGUUCCCAUCCUAAUUUCACUGCUGCUUAAUAUUUGCCCAGCUCUGUUGUACAAAAGUCUAAAUUUAUUAUAAUGGGCUCACGUCUUCAUGUUCUCUUCACAACAAUUACUUCAGUUGUUGUAAGAUUGAAUAAAAAUAAGAUUGUUUACCAAUGCCAGCAUUUUUGAAAAAUUGCUUUGUGAUGGUGCUCAUAAAAAUGGUCAGUCAGAUACAUUGAAAUGUUAGCUAAAUACAUAAGAAUCAUAUCUGUAAGUUCAGUUAGUAUACCGUGUACAUCAGAUAAACAGGUUUAUAUAACUACAGAAAUGAAGCAGACUUCAAGUUUGUUAUUUUAUUUUCUCAUAUACAAGGUAACCUUUUUAAUAUAUGUUGUAGGUUUAAUUUUUAAGUUUUAGCUUAUGACUAUGUAUAUAUUGCUAUAAUUAUCCUUUUAGUGUACAGUGAGGAAAAACAGGUUUAAUUUUUAAAAAAAUGUUUUUUUAGUUUAUGAAUAUAUAUGUAUUGCUAUUAAAAUGUAAGCAUGCUUAUGCUCUUGGAAAGCUAUAUGUAUAUAUUCAGCUAAUUUGUUUUGGAAUUAUCAUUGCAGAAAGUUUUAAAAUUGAUUUCAUAAAUCUCAAUUUUUUUUUGUUUUUUGUUUUUUAUGAAUUUGAGCCUUCAAUAGGAAAUGUUCUGAGCCUGGCAUGUCAAACCAGAAUAUGAUUACUGAGUAAUUACAAAGAUAUUUCCAUUGAAUUACCUUCUUUAGUUACUGUGUUUUUUUUUGUUUGGUCUAUUGGUAAAAUAAAAUAAAUUUAUUACUUUCCUACAAAAAAAGAAAAAAAAUUGAGAUCAGACAUGAAGAUAAUUUUCUCCAGGUUGAAGUUCAUAUUUGAUAAAUGCAUUAAAGAAUUUGCUAAAACCAG